AUGAUCAUCUACAAGGACAUCAUAACCGGCGACGAGAUCAUCUCGGACAGCUACAACCUCAAGGAGAUCGACGGCGCCGUGUACGAAGCUGACUGCAAGAAAAUCACCAUCGGCAACGAUAACAUCGACAUCGGGGCCAAUCCCUCGGCCGAGGAGGCGGACGAGGCGCUCGAGGAGGGCGCCCAGCAGGUCAUCGACGUCGUGCACAGCUUCCGGCUCAACGAGACCAGCUUCGACAAGAAGAACUAUCUAUCGCACUUGAAGACCUACAUGAAGAAAGUAAAAGAGGCAAUGAAGGAGAAGGGCGCCUCAGACGACGAGAUCAAGGACUUCGAAAAGGGCGCCUCGGGCUACGCCAAGAAGAUCGUCGCCAACUUUAAGGACUACGAGUUCCUGAUCGGCGAGAGCAUGGAUCCGGACGGCAUGGUCGUGCUGCUCAACUACCGCGAGGACGGCGUCACGCCCUUUGUUACCGUCUGGAAGCAUGGCUUGACCGAGAUGAAGGUUUAG